AUUUCAGGAUAUUAACAUAAAAAACAUUAAGGAUUAUGCAGCUUUAUUGGAUGCAAAUAAACAGUUUUGUGUAAUUGCAAUCAAAAGACGCGUUUGGAUGAGAAAGUGGUUCAGGAGGGGAAGGAGACAAACCUCUUCGCACCCCCUGUUUGGUACUCUGCGCAUGCGCAGACUGCGCUCCCCCGUCUUAUUAAAUUUUAAUGGAAAAUGGCUGCGUUUCUUAUCCAAACCUCUGGAGCUGGGCAAUAAAAAAAUAACAAAAAAAACCCGACAACAAACUGAAGCAUCUCGUUAACGUUCACGCCGAAACAAUCCGAUGUCGGUAUUUAACGCAAUCUAGCCGAAGUCUUGUGCUGCGAAGAUAUUUGGGGGAAAUGGAUCGACUCACGCUUUGAGGGAUGAAAGAUCAUUUUUCUCCUUAACCCUUUCUGCAACGAAAUCUGCAAACAAUCGAGCAGAAGAUGAUGCGCCAGGUGACAACCAGUGACUUCUGCAUGAAUAGCAGGCCGUCAUGCUUAGCAGAAGACGGCCACCACCCCGCCUCCCACUUUGACCUGUGCACCCAGGCCAACAAGUUCUACCCUCCUCCGCCUCCGUCGGCCCUUCAGAUGACGCUGGCUCCCAUGGUCUUACCCACCCAGAGCCACAAGCCCAUGGUGUGCCAGAGACAGGAAGUGCUCGGGGACUCGGCAGGAAAAAUAGCCGGCAUUAAAAGCACUGAUCAAGCAACAGAUGACGGCAAGAAGAAGAACAAGGCUGCCGGGAAGACAGGCAGACGCGGGAGGCCUUUGGGAACCACCAAGCUAGCCGGAUAUAGAACCAGCACAGGGCGACCCCUCGGCACCACCAGAGCUGCAGGGUUCAAGACGAGCCCGGGAAGGCCGCUGGGUACAACCAGAGCGGCGGGGUACAAGGUCAGCCCUGGACGGCCUCCUGGCAGCAUCAAGGGCCUCUCUCGCCUCAACAAACUGGCUUAUGGUAGCACCUGCAGCGGAGCGGCUUUCCCCUAUCCGCUACCACACAAGGAAAUCCUCUGUGAACCUUCCUGCAAAGAGAAGACAGCUAAUGAGUAAAGGCUCCUCUCUGUUUCCACUCACCCUCCAUCAGUUGAAUAAGAGACGCAUGUGUACAGGUUUCCUGUCAGAUACUGGGGGAGAUUGUAAUCUUUCCCAGUCCCCUGUGAGGAGGAGAUUUUCUAUUAUUCGUGUUGGUGUCAUCUGUGUGCCUGCCACCUGAUAUAAUACUGUUUUGUUACUGGAGAUCUAUAGUGUGCGGCAGGUUUCACUUCACGUUGCUGUAUCUGUUUACUUGGGGAAAAAAGUAAUACCAGAUGUUCUUUGAGCAACUGAAGUGGUAGUUUAUAUGUAACUUUACUUUGUGUUUUCAUCACACUAUAGUUUGAAUUCCAUAUUAGCUGACGUUGGAUGUUCUUGCUAUUUAAACGAACACAUGCAAAGCGAGAAAGGAGGAAAGAGGGACAAGUAGCAACAUUGUCUUUGCAACGGGAAGGUUUGUCAGAAAUGUGGUCAUCACUUCAAAGAGCAAAAUGUUAUAUGUAGCACCUUUUACGUUACAUUUGUAAUCAGAGGAACAGUUGGGGGUCAAGUGCCUUGCUCAGUGGCACUUCAAAGACAGAUGUACAGAUAAACCUCCAGGCUAACAACAACCCAAAACUGAAAUCCAAUAAUUCCAACUUUCUCCACGUGGCUCCAGAAUUAACACUUAAAAACAUGACUCCUGCUAAUGAUGUCUUACUGUUCACUCUAAUGUCACCUUGCAAAAUGUCUACAUAUUAUUUGCAUGCAAAUGUCAUCAAAUGUCAUUUUUUUUACUACAAGUAUAAAACUAAAAUGCAUAAACGUUGACAGCAACUCAGUUCAUCUCCUGCUUUUCUUAUAACCUGCUUAUAAUUGACCAACGUGGACCGCGGCUGAUCUCGGUCUGUGGAUAAACGUUUGGAUAAAUGGUGUUUGUACUUUCUGCUUGGUACCGGUUCGCUCUUUAUUUGAGGUGGUUCAUGUCGACAGUUCAAAACCUCUACAGAAACUGGAUAUUUGUGAUCCUACUUCUAGUAGAUUUUUCCUCAGCUUGCCUGGGGCUGGGUGUCAUUUAAAAAGUGGUGUUACUGAUUUGAUUUUGCGUCAAAUGCCAAAAUGAUAAAUCACUUUGUUUUGCUACAUUUAUUUAGCAAAAUACACCAAAUUUCUCAAAAUCAUUCGUGUUUAAUUUAGACUCAACACAAAGCAGCUGAAGAACUUUGCGUGAAUAAAAUACAGUUUACAAUUAGCAAAAUGUUGAUGUGAAUCAGUAAAUAUCUGAUCAAAGAUGAAGUUAACUAAAUUCUGAGAAAGCAUUCACUUCCAGCUUUUUAAUAUGCAACAGUUUUGGUACUUGGAGCACAUUUGGACACCCAGCUCUGUCUCUCUGCAUUAUUUAUAAAGAGUUAAUUUUGUGGUUAAAAUCAUCAAAUCUGAUUCAAAUUUGUGAUUUUGUUUUAAUGCGCAACUCCUACAACAAAAUGGGGCCUAAUCAGUCUGUGUUGUACC